CCGCUUCCGAGGAGCCCGGGGCACGCCGGGAACGGCCAGGCCGCCCUCCUCCCGGCAGCCUCGGCGGGUCCGGCCACAGGGACCAACAGCACCGGCCAGAGCGCAGCGCGGGCGCACCGCGCGAGGGCCCUGCCUCGUCAAGGGAGGCAGCGAGAAACGGCCGCGACGAACGAAAUAAAACCUUCCUCCACUACUGGGACACAGCUCGCGUCCGAGGAAGCAGAACACACAGGCCGCGGAGCUUUCCGAAAGGCUUCGCGCCGGAACCCGCGACCAGCACGGAGGCCCCCACCCUUUUUGAGAAGCCGGGUCAAGCGCGCUGUGGCUGGGCGACCUUUGGGCGGAGGCAAAGGGCAGGGCUGCCCCGCACAGGUUCCGCCCCCACUUUAGCGUCCUCGCCCCGCCCAAGCCCCGCCCAGCAGCCCAAGGGCCAAACCCCCGCGACGCAUGCGUGCUGCUUCCCGCGCGCCUCCACCUGCCGUGCGCUUCCGCCGCUGGCCAGGCUCUUCUGCCCUUCCCCCUCCUGUACGGCCGCCACUCUGCGCCCGGCUUCGUUCUCACAACCCGGUUCUGCCCACACCUGCCCUUCAGCCUUGUGAACAGUGGCUGUAGAACAAUCUCAGGCCCUGCAGACCCACCUCCCUCGCUCCCGUGGUGGCGGUGGAGAAGGGCUGGGGACGUGGGGUAGAAAAAUGGGCGGGAUGUGGGAGGCCGCGGUGCUGGGGCCCACUUCCGGAGGAUGGGCGGAAGUGGCGGCGGCGGAUGGUGGGAGGGGGAAGGAGUGCGAGGGGAGGGCCGGGCCGCUGGGGGUCGAGGGGGUGGGGCCUGGGCCGGCGCUGGGGAUCGGGCCUGGGCCCUGGAUUGCUAGCCGGGCGGGCCGCGGCUCCUAGCCGAGGCGGGGCGGGUGGGAACCAGGUUAACACGAAAAUCUGCCACCUGGGCCAUGCGGCUUCUAAGGCCUGUUUCUUAUGAGCCUCCGCAGAAGACAGAUGGGUCCGUUCUUACAGUGGAUAACUUCCCCUGCCUGAGCAAGAGAUGGGAUAGUAUCUGGGAUCUGCCCAUCACCAGACUCUGAGCUUAAUAAGGCAGCUGAAUGAAGGGAGGUAACGGACCCCUGAGAGGGGCACUGAAGUCUGCAGUGGGGGGGGAGGGGCCUGGACGCACCCCUUCCCCCCCAGACUCCUCCCCGUCAGGGUCAGCUCAGCCAUGGACUUUGGACCUGGAUAAGAAGAGAGAAGCUGCACUUUGGUGGAUCUGAUUUGGGAUUCUCAGUUUUGAAAAUGGAGUGCUGAAUGGGGGUUUGAUGAUCUCCUGGGGAGCAACUGAGACAAGAGGAAAGGUACUGCUGGCUGCAUAAUGAAUCUCCCCAGAACUUAGUGGCUUACAGCAACAGAAUCAUUUCAUUAACGUCUCAGCUGUGUGGUUCUUGCUUGUGGUCUUUCACACGGUUGCAGUCAGGUGCAUGGCUGCUUCCUAAUCCCAUAGUCCAGAGGAAGCGUCCCCAGGACUGCAGGCAAGGGAGCCGGGCAAGCCGCGGGCAGCCUCGAGCCCUCCCCGGUGGGGGCCAGGAUGCUGAAGAAGCAGUCUGCAGGGCUUGUGCUGUGGGGCGCUAUCCUCUUUGUGGCCUGGAAUGCCCUGCUGCUCCUUUUCUUCUGGACACGCCCAGCACCCGGCAGGCCACCCUCAGUCAGUGCUCUGGAUGACGACCCCGCCAGCCUCACGCGGGAAGUGAUUCGCCUGGCCCAAGACGCCGAGGUGGAGCUGGAGCGCCAGCGUGGGCUGCUGCAGCAGAUCGGGGAUGCCCUGUGGAGCCAGCGGGGGAGGGUGCCCACAGCGGGCCCUCCCGCCCAGCCGCACGUGCCUGUGACCCCAGCGCCAGCGGUGAUUCCCAUCCUGGUCAUUGCCUGUGACCGCAGCACUGUUCGGCGCUGCCUGGACAAGCUGCUGCACUACCGGCCCUCGGCUGAGCUCUUCCCCAUCAUCGUCAGCCAGGACUGUGGGCACGAGGAGACGGCGCAGGCCAUCGCCUCCUACGGCAGCGCGGUCACGCACAUCCGGCAGCCCGACCUGAGCAGCAUCGCGGUGCCGCCGGACCACCGCAAGUUCCAGGGCUACUACAAGAUCGCGCGGCACUACCGCUGGGCGCUGGGCCAGGUCUUCCACCAGCUUCGCUUCCCCGCGGCCGUGGUGGUGGAGGAUGACCUGGAGGUGGCCCCGGACUUCUUCGAGUACUUCCAGGCCACCUAUCCGCUGCUGAAGGCCGACCCCUCCCUCUGGUGCGUCUCGGCCUGGAAUGACAACGGCAAGGAGCAGAUGGUGGACCCCGGCAAGCCCGAGCUGCUCUACCGCACCGACUUCUUUCCCGGCCUGGGCUGGCUGCUGCUGGCCGAGCUCUGGGCCGAGCUGGAGCCCAAGUGGCCGAAGGCCUUCUGGGACGACUGGAUGCGCCGGCCGGAGCAGCGGAAGGGCCGGGCCUGCAUACGCCCCGAAAUCUCCAGAACGAUGACCUUUGGCCGCAAGGGUGUGAGCCACGGGCAGUUCUUUGACCAGCACCUCAAGUUCAUCAAGCUGAACCAGCAGUUUGUGCACUUCACCCAGCUGGACCUCUCCUACCUGCAGCGGGAGGCCUAUGACCGGGACUUCCUCGCCCGCGUCUACGCGGCUCCCCAGCUGCAGGUGGAGAAAGUGAGGACCAAUGAUCGCAAGGAGCUGGGGGAGGUGCGGGUGCAGUAUACCGGCAGGGACAGCUUCAAGGCCUUCGCCAAGGCUCUGGGUGUCAUGGAUGACCUUAAGUCGGGGGUUCCGAGAGCUGGUUAUCGGGGUAUUGUCACCUUCCAGUUCCGGGGCCGCCGUGUCCACCUGGCGCCCCCGCCGACGUGGGAGGGCUACGAUCCUAGCUGGAAUUAGCCUGUCCUUCGUGGGCCCCUCCUUACCGCAUCAUGAGCUGAGGUGGGACCACAGUCCCCAGGCUGCAUCGGCCUGCCUGUGUUUCCCUCUUAGGUGCAUUUAUCUUUUUGAUUUUUCCGAGUGGCAUUUAAGUGCACAAAUGAUAAGGUGAGGAUGAUUCUCCCGUUCUCAAGGGAGUCAGAUCAGGGGAACUAUUCUAGGGUAUGUUGCUGGGUAUUAAGCAGGAAACCACUGUGUGGUAGGGGGACACUGGCCAGAAAUGUCCACCUCCUGAGUUUUCUCCUGGAGCAUGUGCAGAGAGUUUGGCAACGUUUGCCCUCUUGACCAGACCCUUCUCCCUGACCUGGCUUUUCCAGCCAGGGCAUGAGCCCUCCUUCUAUACCUGUUCCCUUUCCCCCAGUGGGAGCUGGGUUAUGGGAGAAGGGGACAUAUUUGUGGCCAAAAUGAUACUAACCAAAGGGGCUGCCUUGUCAGGGCCUGGUGGAGUUGGUGGCUCACUGCCCCUGUCCUCUCCUUGUCUCUGACCCCCACUUAGCCCUUCUCUCCCUGCAGCCUAGCAGUCUAUCGUUUUGAGAUGGAAAGUUGAAGGGGGCAAGCAAAACCUCUCCUCAGCCUGUGCCCAGCUUUCAGGGGAGAGGUGCAGGGAGGAAGGCUUGUGCUGGGACAACCCCUCUCUUGCCUUACCUCAGAGAGGGACUAUGCCCUGACCCCUCCUUUCUGAAAAUCAGUCCCCUCCCUCUUGCUCUAGGAGGCUCCUGCUGGCUUGGUAGAAGACAAAAUUCGAUCCGCGUGUCCCUUUUUCCUCUGGGGUUUGGCGCACAGGCUCCUCCCUGCAGGCUGUGGUUCUGGUGGCCUCUCAGCAUGAGGUGGAGCAGCGACCAGGACGCCUCUGGCCCAGUGCUGCCCAGCCUCCCUGCCCACUCCCAGGCGCCCCGUGUCCUCACAGGCCAGGAUGCCAUGGUGGGGUGGAGAGGACUUGGUGGAUUUUCGCUUCUUGCCUGACCUCAGUUUCAUGAAAGAAAGUGGAAGCUACAGAAUUAUUUUCUAAAAUAAAGUAAAGGCUGAAUUGUCUGAAAAAUA